GCGACACAUGGGAAACUUCUUUUAGCAUUUGUCGGUCGAGAUUCUCCUCCGCUUUCCAUUAUUGUUCGCUUCCUUUUAUACCCCGCUUCGCGCCUUUGAGUUAUUUAUCCUGAAUCGUUCACAUUGCGCAUUUGUUCAUAUACCAUAAUCAUAAUGUUGCGGAGAUUUUCUACAAAUUUCAAAAAGUCAAAGAAUGACCGCGAAACCAAGCAAAAUGGCGCUCAAAAUGGCACCCAGAAUGGCACUCAGAACGGCACUCCGGUGAAUGGAGACAAGCGGCAGUCCAAAGUGUCACCGGUGCGCAAGUCUGCGGAUCAAGAACCAAGCCGCAAGGAAGCCGAUGGCGCGUCGGUUUUCGACAAGUAUGCGCAAGUCCUCCAUGCUUCGCCAACCCCUCUGCCGAACCAGACUGGUGACGGCGCGACGUUUGAACAUCGCCAUGGUAGUCUCGUACAAGACGUCAAAGCUCUUACCUUCCAAGAUGCUUCAACCCUGAAGCAACUGGGCAUACAGAAGUUGAAGAAUGAGCCCGUUAACGAUAAAACGAUGUUUAUGGAGAAAGUUAUCAAAAUGGCUAGUAAUCUCCCAGACAACUCGGAGAAUCGCACCAAGGCCACAAACCUGUUUCUGAAUCAGCUUUGGGACUCUUUACCCCAUCCGCCACUCUCAUACGUGGGCCCCGAGUAUUCCUACCGAUCCGCUGAUGGCUCUAACAACAACCCUACCUUGCCGUGGCUGGGUGCUGCCAACACGCCAUAUGCGAGAUCGAUCGCUCCCCUUACAAUCCAGCCAGGUGGCUUGCCUGACGCGGGCUUGGUGUUUGACUGUCUCUUUGCUCGUGACAAGUUCAACCCUCACCCGAACAAAGUCUCAAGUCUUUUCUUCGACUGGGCCUCUUUGAUCAUUCACGAUAUUUUCCAGACUGAUCCGAGGAACCCCCAUAUUAACAAAACUUCGGGUUAUUUGGACCUCUCUAUCUUAUACGGUGAUGUUCAAGAAGAGCAAGACUUGAUCCGUACCCAUAAAGAUGGCAAACUGAAGCCUGAUUCAUUUUCCGAGCCCCGACUUCAGGCUUUCCCUGCUGCCUGCUGCGUUAUGCUAGUGAUGCUGAAUAGGUUCCACAACUAUGUGGUAGAACAAUUGGCCGAAGUCAAUGAAAACGGUCGUUUCACCAAGCCCAGGCCUACCCUUAACGAAGAGCAGGCCAAGAAGGCAUGGGCGAAAUACGAUGAAGAUCUCUUCCAGACAGGUCGCUUAAUCACGUGUGGUUUGUAUAUCAAUAUUACCUUAUAUGAUUACCUGCGUACGAUCGUCAACUUGAACAGAGUUAACAGCACGUGGUGUCUGGAUCCACGAGCGCAAAUGGAGGGCAACGAUCCCACACCAUCUGGCCUGGGUAACCAAUGCUCUGUCGAGUUCAACCUUGCCUAUCGCUGGCAUUCUGCGAUCAGCGCCAACGACGAGAAAUGGACCGAACAGAUCUAUGAGGAGCUGAUGGGAAAGCCCGCCGAGGAGGUUACAGUCAGAGACCUUAAAAUGGGACUUGGCAAGUACGCCAUGGGCCUUUCGAAGGACCCUUCGCAGCGUACCUUUGCCCAUCUCCAACGUCAAGAGGAUGGCACUUUCAAGGACGAAGAACUCGUAAACAUCCUUGCCAAUGCAAUCGAGGACGUUGCCGGAUCAUUUGGCGCUCGUAACGUGCCCAAGUGCCUCCGAGCAGUCGAGAUUAUGGGUAUUGAUCAGGCACGUAGCUGGAAUGUUGGCUCCCUUAACGAAUUUCGCAAGUUCUUUGACUUGAAGCCGUAUGAGAGGUUUGAGGAUAUCAAUUCCAAUGAGGAAGUUGCAGAGGCCCUCCGUCAUCUAUACGGCCACCCAGACUUCGUGGAACUCUACCCCGGUAUUGUUGCUGAGGAGGCCAAGGAACCUAUGGUGCCCGGUGUUGGAAUUGCUCCUACAUAUACGAUCUCUCGUGCGGUUCUGUCUGACGCUGUGGCUCUCGUCCGGGGUGAUCGGUUCUACACUGUCGAUUACAACCCCAGGAACCUGACUAACUGGGGAUACAAUGAGGUUCGUUACGACCUGAACGUCAACCAGGGAUGUGUCUUCUACAAGCUUGCGACCAGAGCCUUCCCGAAUUGGUUCAAGCCUGAUUCCAUCUAUGCUCAUUAUCCCAUGACCAUCCCCAGCGAGAACAGGAACAUUAUGAAGGAUCUGGGUAGGGAGUCUCACUUUUCUUACGAACGCCCAUCCUUUACCCCUUCCCCUGUGAACCUGGUAUCCUAUCCUAAUGUCAAGCUGGCUUUGGAACGGGAAGAGGACUUCCGCGUGGUCUGGAACGGCAUUACCCCCCUCGCCUCUGCCAAAGGCGGCGAUGAUUUCUGGAGUAAAUCAUUGAACAAUGACCAGUGGCGUAACAGCAUCAAGGAAUUUUAUGAAGACAUCACUGCCAAGCUUUUACAAGAAAAGUCUGGAAAUCUUGCGGGAAUCAAGCAAGUUGAUAUCACACGGGAUAUUGGAAACCUAGCGCCUGUUCACUUUGCAUCGAAACUGUUCUCCCUUCCGUUGAAGACUAAGGAGAAUUCGCGCGGAGUCUUUACCGACAACGAGACCUUCAUGAGUAUGGCAGUAAUCUUUACUAGCAUUUUCUUCGAUGUCGAUGAGGCCAAGUCUUUCUCUCUUCAUCACGCGGCUCGCGCGGUCUCUCAGCAGCUGGGCCACUCCGUUGAGAGCCACAUCAAAUCUAUCAACUCUCCUGGUUUCCUCAGCGGCAUCAUUGGCAAUCGCCGUAAUGAUCACAACGCCUUGAAGGAAUACGGUGAUCAAUUGAUCAAAAAGCUUCUAGAAAGUGGCUUGGGUGUUUCCGAUGUCGCCUAUUCUCAGGUUCUACCAGCGGCUGUGGCGAUGGUCCACAACCAGGCUCAAAUGUUCACUCAAAUCAUCGACUAUUAUCUUUCUGAGGGCAAGAAGCACCUCCCUGAGAUUAACCGCCUUGCCAAGGAGGACAGCAAAGAUGCCGAAGACAAGCUGAUGCGCUACUGCCUGGAAGGGUUCCGUCUGAAUGGCACAUUUGGAUCCUAUCGCGAAGCUCAGACUGACUUCAGCAUGAGUGAUGAGACCGGAGAUGUCAACAUCAAACACGGUGACAGGGUAUUCGUUGGUGCUGUCAAAGCCAACCGUGAUCCUCAGGUCUUCCCAGAUCCCAAUGAAGUGCAUUUGGACCGUCCUCUGGAAUCCUACAUCCAGUACGGCCUUGGUCCACAUACUGGCUUGGGCAAGGAAACGACCUUGCUUGCAUUGACGUCCAUGUUACGUGUUGUCGGCGGCUUGGACAACCUUCGGCGUGCACCCGGCCCCCAGGGUGAGCUGAAGAAGAUCCACCGUGAGGGUGGUUACUACGUCUACCUGCGUGAGGAUUGGGGAAGCUACUCUCCAUUCCCAACGACCUUCAAGGUCCACUUCGAUGGUGCAAUUCCCGCUCCCAAGAAGCGCCUCACCUCCUAAACAACCGAUAUUUAGGAAAUUGAUCUAAUCGUCGAGACUGAAUAACGUGUGAUAUUGUAUUCGAAAAUGGUUUUGCGAGAUAUCCUUGUUCUGUUUGAACUUGUAUGCUUUUAUGUUUAGUUGAUAUUGACCCUAUAAUUAUAUACUACAAAUGUAG